CUCGGCAGGAAGUACGGAGAGCAGACAGCCCGUGAUGAUGAUGAUGAAGAUGAUGAUGAUGAUGAUGAUGAUGAUGGAGCUCUGUCUAGUCGACAGUGCUCGUGAUGAUGCCAUCUGACACCUCCAGUGACAUUAUGCACAUUCGGCUCGCUUGACACGCGAUGUGACUGCGGACUCGAGUCAGGUAUGACUCGGAUGCUCGUAGCUAGCUAGCUUAGCCGUUAGCUUAGCCCUCAUCCACCCUGCUGCAGUCGGAGAGCUCCAGUCAGCAGGCGGCUAACAGCUCCAGCUGAUCAGCUGCAGCACCACACACAGCCCGGCGAGGAGAUGAUGAUGAUGAUGAUGAUGAUGAUGAUGCCUUAAUGUCAGAUCGGAGACGGUGUGUGCGGUCAUCAGAUACAGACAUGGCGUCGCAGCUCCAGGUGUUCUCCUCGCCCUCUGUGUCCUCCAGUGCCUACUCUCGUUCAAAGAGGCUCAAAGUGGAGAAUCCUGCCUGGGAUGUGUCAAACCAGCUGGGAGAUAAUGGUUACUACCAGCAGAGCCCCACCCAGGGAGCUGCACCCUCCACUUCUGGCUCUAACUUCAACCAAGUGUACAACUCCAACCAGGCGCAUCCUCCGACAGCCGGCUCCCGGGAGCAGACGGUGGUGCGGGCAGCAGACAGCACAGGUAGCGUUCGUGGACCUCCCUCCUCCUCUUCCUCAUCGUCCUCGUCCAGCCGUCGUGUCAAGGAUGCAGAGUCCUCCUCCCAGCCGUGCGACCUCUACCACAAGCAGUACAGCUUGAAGCGGAAGAGCGAGGAGGUGGACAGCAGCGACAGCGUUCAGAUACUGGAGGAGCUCUCGGCCCCCGUGGUCACGAACCGUACUGGUGGUGGAGGGGGAACCACCACCGCUCAGUCCAUAGCACAUUCCACUUCUACCACAAAGAGCAGCAACUCCCACAGCGAGGGCGACUACCAGCUGGUCCAACAUGAGAUUCUGUGCUCGAUGUCCAACAGCUACGAGGUGCUCGAGUUCCUGGGACGCGGCACCUUUGGUCAGGUGGCCAAAUGCUGGAAGCGGGGCACAAAUGAGAUAGUGGCGAUUAAGAUCUUGAAGAACCAUCCCUCUUAUGCUCGACAAGGUCAAAUUGAAGUGAGCAUCCUCAGCAGGCUGAGCACAGAGAACGCUGAUGAGUUCAACUUUGUCCGCUCGUACGAGUGUUUCCAGCACAAGAACCACACGUGCCUUGUGUUUGAGAUGCUGGAGCAGAACCUUUACGACUUCCUGAAGCACAGCAAGUUCAGCCCUCUGCUGCUCAAGUGCAUUCGGCCCAUUCUGCAGCAGGUGGCCACGGCGCUGAUGAAGCUGAAGAGCCUGGGGCUGAUCCACGCCGACCUGAAGCCCGAGAACAUCAUGUUAGUGGACCCUCUGAGGCAGCCGUACAGAGUCAAAGUCAUUGAUUUUGGCUCGGCCAGCCACGUGUCCAAAGCGGUCUGCUCCACCUAUCUGCAGUCGCGAUACUACAGAGCUCCGGAGAUCAUCCUGGGCCUUCCUUUCUGUGAAGCGAUCGACAUGUGGUCGUUAGGAUGUGUCAUUGCUGAGCUGUUCUUGGGAUGGCCUCUUUACCCUGGCGCCUCAGAGUAUGAUCAGAUUCGUUACAUUUCCCAGACACAGGGCCUUCCUGCAGAGUACCUGCUGAGUGCAGGAACCAAGACCAGCCGCUUCUUUAACAGAGGCCCCGACUCCAGCUACCCCCUCUGGAGACUCAAGACUCCUGCAGAGCAUGAGGCGGAGAUGGGCAUCAAGUCAAAGGAGGCACGGAAAUACAUCUUCAACUGUCUGGAUGAUAUGAUGCAGGUGAACAUGACAAACCUGGAGGGGACUGACAUCUUAGCAGAGAAGGCUGACAGGCGGGAGUUCAUAGACCUGCUGAAGAAGAUGCUGACGUUGGACGCAGACAAACGAAUCACGCCCAUGAAGACGCUGAACCAUCCCUUUGUUACCAUGACGCACCUGCUGCACUUUCCUCACAGCUCACACGUGAAGUCCUGCUUCCAAAAUAUGGAUAUAUGCAAACGCAGAUGCAGCGCCUUUGAGAAUGGAAAAAAUAUGUUUGCCAGCAGCAAUACCCCGAGUGCAGCCACCAACCUCACUGUCACAUUCAGUAGCCAGCUAAACCAGCACAACCAGAUGGCCUCUACAGGAGGCCAGUCUCUGUCCCUCAGCAGUAACGUCCCGUUGCUGAACUACCAACCUGGCCUCUACCAGCAGGCCACCAUAAACAUCCCCGGCCUGACCCAGCAGGGCGUGCCGCUGCAGACCAGACCCACCCAGCUCUGCGCCCAGACCGAGCCCUUCCAGCAAACACUCAUAGUUUGCCCUCCCACCAUCCAGGGUCUUCAAACAUCUAGUAAGCCCUCUGGUUAUCCAGUGAGGAUGGACAACUCUGUUCCCUUAGUUCCUCAGAACCAGUCGUCCCAGUCUCUUCACAUCCAGCCCGGCAUGCUAGCACAGGCCUCCCUCGACCCCCUGCUGGUCAGCAGCCUGUGCGCCUCAGUGGCGGGAAUGCCGCCUCUAGGUUCGGUGCAGCUGCCAGUUGGCUGCAGGGGCGCGAGCCUCAGCGGCUUACUGGAUCAGAAUGCCUCCGUGCUGCAGGGCUGGCCAGCAGGCACACAGCAGAUCCUCAUCCCCUCGACAUGGCAGCAGAUGCCAGGCAUGGCCAUCCACAACCCUGGGCAGGCCGUGGUGCCCGACUCACCCAUGGGAGCCCCGAUCUCCGACAGUCAACAAGCUUCUGGCUGGAGGGGUCGUCAUGGAAGCCAAUACGAUGGAGUCAGCCAGCAGGACUCUGGUGUUGGCCGUCACGCUGCCUCCCAGAGCCACAACUCAGGGGCCGCUCACUCCAGAUCCCAACAGGGCAAGAGGUCAAAGGCUCGACAUGCAGAGAGCAGAGCCAGGCCCGUGUCAUCGGCCACCACUGUGGUGCACAACACUUCUGCUUUUGCUGGUGACCAGUCUCAGCCCAUCGUCAUCUCGGACACACCGAGCCCUGCCGUCAGCAUCAUCACCAUCCACAGCGACUCCGAAGACGAGGAUGACAGGAAGUUCCCGGCUGCCUGCUCUGGAACAAGCCAGAGGACCAACGUGAUCAGCUGUGUGACGGUGCACGACUCCCAUGACUCAGACUCCUCCACCAGCAGCCCUCUGAGUCCUAAGACCACCUCACAGCCCACCAAGUCUCUGGCCAUCAUCAUGCCGUCUGUGAAGAGCCAGCCGGGGGAGAGCACAACCCACAAAGCUCCAGCAGCUCCAGAUCAAGCUACAAGUGGCUCUGGAAAAUCCAAGAAGGCGUCAACUCAGCAGUCCAGUCGGGCGGGAGAUUCCAACACUGAUCGCCAUCAGCGGGCCACGUCCAGCAGAUCUCAGCCUCUGAACUUGAGUCAGGUACAGCAGUCUGUGAUGUCAUCAUCCCAUGACCAAACAGGAAGCAGUAGUUCUCUGAGGCGGCAGCCGACGUACCCCCCUCCUGUCUCAUCCCACUCCUCUUACCGGCUUCACGAGAACACCCUCUUCAGCUCAACCCCGAAUCUAUACGCCUACCCGGCCUCCGCCGCCCUGGCCUCUGUGUCCCAAGCUGUGGACCAGAUGCAAGGCGGCUCGUCCCGCCACGGCAGGGCAAGCGGAGCUUACUCUUCCCUGGCGCUGCUCCAGAAGAAUGGCAGCCUGGCCCUGGGAGGCUCUGCUCCGGGACAGUAUGGCAACCACCACCAACAGCAGCAGCAGCAGCAGCAGCUGGGAGGGCAGCCUUUUCACCACGCUAGUGCUACUUACCAGCGAAAACUCAACCAGUAUCCCUACCUGUAAAGACUGAAGGGCUGCAUGGAGACCAAAUGGAGACCGAGACUAGAGACGAGCACAAGCUCAUCACGGGUGGCUGUGAUCAGACUUUUAACCUUCCUUUACUUUCCAGUCCUUGUUUUUACAUCUUCCUGUGAUUAUUGUGGAUAAAAUAAUCAUAGAACAUAUUUAUAGUUUCAUCCCGGUCCGUUUCUUUUUUAAUCUUCACCUAAUUUUGAGUUUCUUUGUGUCGCGUCUGGCAGCAACAAACAGUGCAGUCUGUAAGUAUCUGAACAGUGACACAUUUGUUGUUGUGUUGGCUGCGUGCUCCAGUAUGUUAGAUUUUUAAAAUGACACAAAAAGUUUGUGGUUUAAUUUGAGGGCGUUUACUUCCACAUAAGGUGAAAGAGUAGGAAUUAUACACUCUUCGAAAUAAGGGUUACACUUGGUCUCUUCCUGAAGGGCUGAGGUGCUACCCAGAACCAUUUUCUUACGAAGAACUCUUGUUUGACUAGGGGUUCAAUUAACAAGAAAAAACGUAAGGGCUUAUUUACGCCCAAUGGUGAUAGGAAGACAGAGACGGACGGAGCCUUCUGUCUGUACUCUGCGCUCAUUUUGUCAAGCUUAUGGAUACGGACGAAAUAGAGCAGAAUCACAGCAGAUCGUGAAGGCAGUGUAGCAUAGUUCAAGCCAAAUAUGAUUGUAGGAGACAAUAAAGAAAUUUACGUGACAGCGGAACAGAACAAAUUAGUCAUGUAUAAUAAUAUAUGGUGAAAAUAUAGACAAGAAUUUUCCGUCCACGCUGGGAUGUGUAUAUAAUGGCCGCACAGACCACAGACCUCCAUUUAAAGGGUCAUUAUUUCAACCUCCUCCACCGUAGCCUUGUUUGUUGUUGUGUGAAACUUUUGACUCUUUUGCCGUGUAGUGCCAUCUAUUAGCUGUUCCUAUGUCAUCAUGAAGGACACAUGGCAGUACGUGGACAGUGACAUUUACAAUAUUUGAAACAGAUGUAUCUUUUUUCACGCAUAAUGGGAGUAUGAAUGAGCCUUAAGUGUUGUAGGUGCUGGACCACAUCGGCUCCGGCCCUUUAGGAGCCUCGUGAAGCCCGAGGCUGCUGGACGUAGUUCCUUUGGCCCCAGGCUAACCUGGUAAACUAAAAUCAUGAUAAGUGGGAGAGAGAUCUAUGGAUAAUUUAUCCAGUUAUUAUUUUAGAGCAAACACUAGUCGGCAGUGGGGUUUCUAUGAAGUGCUGUAAGGUUUAGUUGCUUCAAAACACACAUUAAACACACAUUAAACAUGGCUUAAUAGCAACAGUUUCAAACACAAGUACACGAAUCAGCUUCACUAUAACUGUAGAGGCAGAUAAUGUAUCAUUUUAUACCGAAGGUGAAAAAAAUAAGGUCCGUUACACAAGGUUUAGGAAGCAACUGGUCAAAUAUCAGAUUUGGCAGCAAAAAGGUCCCAUAAGAGGUGUUUUGAAAAUUUGAGUAGUUUGUCAAGUCAAGCCUUGGGAGGUCAAAUGAGGGAGAACGUUCUGGGUUAGGGUGACCUGACCGUUGGAGUUUCACAAUAGGAACGGUUGCUUUUGCCAGAGAGACAAAGAAGACAGGAAACAUUGGUGCAUGAAGUCCAGCGUUAGGAACAAACAAGGGAAAUCAAGAGAACUUUAGAUUUCCAGGAAAUACGACCCAAGCGUGUUCACACACACAUACACACACAUGCACAUGAACAAGCAGACACCCCUUAUAAAAGCAUUUGAGGGGUGAUUGUUCCGGGCUGUUUCCAUCUGUUUUGCUGUGUAGACUAGUAUACUGUUGUAUACUGAGUUCUGCGAUUCAAGUAACCCCGUUGGCUGUAACUUUUCUCCGUGGUUCUCCGAGUCUCUUCAUUUCAGUGUUUGCUGAAGUUUCCUUACAUAACUCGCAGCAUUCACAGACAAACACUUGUCUUUAUCUGGACACAUUUUCCCCACAAAUAUAAAAUGCUAACGUUAUUAGCGUAAGCCUAAGGCAUUUUACAUUGUAUAAAUUAGCCUAGCAGCUAGCAGAUUUUUUUGUCUACUCAUAUGAAGUCAGGGACAACAGCAACAUUUAACAAAGGUAAAGUUACAAAAUUCAGCUCCAGUACAACUCACAAGGUUCACUGACAAAACAACUGUCUUAUACUAAACCUGUUUUCCAAACAAAUACAACAUGCUAACGUUACUAGCACAAGCCUAUGGCAUUUUACAUUGUAUAAAUUAGCCUAGCGACUACCAGACUUUUCCUCUACUCAUAUGAAGCCAGUGACAACAGCAACAUUUAACAAAGGAAACAUUACAAAAUUCGGCUUCAUUACAACUCACAAGGUUCACUGACAAAACAACUGUCUUAUACUAAACACGUUUUCCAAACAAUUACAACAUGCUAACGUUAUUAGCACAAGCCUAUGGUGUUUUUAUAAAUUAGCCUAGCAACUAGCAGAGAUUUCCUCUGCUCAUAUGAAGCCAGGAUAAAUCACACACAAGACUUAAAAUGUUAUUUUGAGGGAAAUGGUUUCAGCUUACAAUAACAGUGGCAGGAGGUCUGCGUCACCACAGCGUCUAGUUACAUUUCUGGGAUGGUGCAGGCUAGGCUGGGGAGGCCUUCGUUCAGGCUAGGACGUAGGUUACAGCGUAGGCUUUGCAUUGACGCCAUAGAAGGGUUCAAUGUGGGGUUUCAGGGUGGAACCUUUCACAGGUGGAACCCUCUGAAAGGGUUCCUUAUAAAGGGUCCUACCAGGAACCAGCACAGGUUCUCCUCUGGCGACAAGCCGAAGAACCCUAUGUGGUUCUCGUUUGCAGAGUUAUCUCAAAGAGUGUUGCCGUUUUUGAACGCGGUCCUUGAAUUCAAAGGGACCAGACAUAGAGCUGAAAAUACAACGGAUACGAACAAACUGCACUGCUGUAGUCAUUUUUAACAUGUUGAGCCCGAAAUUUUUAUUUUAUUUGAGAAGCGAGUAAAACUGGAACUUGACUAACUGUUAUGCUGCUCUCUAUUAUUACUGAUAUCAUCAUCAUCAGAGUCAUCAAAUAAUUGUUUAAAAGUUGCAUUUACAUAAAAAAUGUCGCCUUAUUUACGUCAGUUUUUUUCAUUUUAAACUUUGAUGUGUUCGCACAUUGUGAUAGGUGUUGUAUGUUUCAUUUAUGAAUGUACUGUGUGUGUGUGUGUGUGUGUGUGUGUGUGUUAUCUGUACUCUAAAGAAAACGGAGAAGGUAAGCUAUGUACUGUAUAAUGAUGUGUCACUGUGUUUUUCACGUUGAUUCUGUUUUAGUGCUGGCCAUUGACUCGAUUAUAUUUAUAUGUUUAGUAUGUUGAAUGAUGCAGUACAUUCAAGCGUAGGUGUGGUAUUUAAAGGGGACUGUCAUGUUUUUUACAGUUUUAAAGUUAUUCUUAAGGUUGCAUGUGUCUGACAUGAGGUAGCAUUCAGGAGAGGUUUGUUAAAAACCGCAGCUGCACGGAUUCUCAGUGUCGCUGACGGACGGAUUAUUAAUGUUACAUUCAGAACACAUUAAUGAUAUCGGGGAAAAUGUAAAAGCUCUUGUCUUGUGAAGUGGUGUCUGUGAAGUAAAAGCGUGCACAUAAAAAUCUGAUUGGGUAUCACACUAUCAUGUCAAAGUCAAAGCCAUUUAGAUUGUAAAAUUCACAGUAACGCGUUGUGAAUAAUCAAAUCUGACAAAAGAUGAUUUAUAAAAAAAACAUGAAUUGAUGUUCAGUAUGUAACCGCUUCUAAACAAAUCAUUGGUUUGGUGAAAUGAUGGUUGUUCUUACAAUCCUGCUGUGUCGUGAAGUGCUACAUUACAUAGAACACACAAUGAACCUUAACCCGUAUAUACGCAAUAAAAUCUUCUCAAAACAGAUUCUGAGUCUCAUUGUUGAUUGAAACUGAAG